AUGGAAGAGUUCAUUCCUGGGGCGUUUGUACCCGAGCCGGAGCCUCCUCUCGAACCUACACCGACCGUGGAUCCGGAACCUUCGAUUGAGCCAUAUCCAGGAUGGACUUAUCCGACGCGUAUGUGUCGCAUCUGCCGCGAGGAUGUGGUAGCCACCGUCACAAUGUAUCCUCCUGGGUUGCCACUCAAGUACCAGCGUCCUGUGGUAGAAUACAAGAACGAAGACGAGUACGGGCGGCUGAUCCGACCGUGCAAGUGUAGAGGUGGAAUGAGAUACAUCCACGAGUUAUGCCUAUUGCGGUCACGGACGGAAGGUGUCAGGGCGGGAUCUUUAUGGAAAUGUCACGAGUGCGGUCAUCAGUUCAACUUCAAGCGCAUGACAGUCCAGCGCUAUCUGGGCAGCAAGGUCUCGUCUGGUCUCCUUACCAUCGGCGUUAUGGUUAUCAUUGUCUUCUUCCUCGGUUUUGUCGCCGAUCCGAUCAUCAACCUCUACAUUGAUCCGUAUGACACAAUUGUGGGCAACGAGCCAUACUGGAGCGAGGUAGAUGUCGCCACGUCUAACGGGAGUAUUAGUGGAUGGUGUCUGCACUUUCUCAAAGGUGUCAUCUCGAUGGGCCUUGUUGGCUUUCUCAAGACAGCUUUAUUGAACCCUUUCAACUUCCUGAGUCCACGAGGCAUCGGUUUUGGGAGCUACCGCAGAUCGGGAACCACCACAACCGGACGAGAUAGGGCGGUGAACGUGAGCUGGAUUGCCGUGGCAAUAGGCAUAAUGUCUGCGUUCUACUUUUUCUACAAAUGGGUCCAGACGAUCAUUGGCCACACUCUUACUCGCAUUGGCAAUAACAUCGUCGACACCUCUUUACCGGGCGAUGAUGACGACCUCAAACCACCUUUAGAUUACCAGCCGAAGCCUUCUGGCAGAAAAGAGGCGGAGAGCGCUUGGCAAGCUGCUGAACGCGUACGUGAGGCUCCCAGCCGCCCAACGAGCUCUUCAAAUCAGGAAUCCCCGACUAAGUCUGAGGGUCCCCAUACCCGGCCAGACGCGCCAGACCAGGUGUCUGAACAGUCUGAAGUCCCUGAAAUUGCUGUUGGACAACGGUCUCAGAUUGGUUUGGAUAUGUACAGAGGCUUCAGCUCGGCAUUAGAUGAUGCACGUGAGCAGGGCUGGUCCUUCGUCGGUAUACCCCAUCAGCGGUGA